AUGGCGAGGUCGCCGGAAAGCGUUGUCCGGUUCCUCGGCAUUGUAUGCCUUCUAUUCUCCCUAUCUGCGGCCGCUGCCCCGGCCCGCCGGCAUCACAAGGCCAACGCAUCAGGAGUGACCUACGAUGGCCGAUCUUUCAUGAUCAAUGGAAGGAGAGAGCUUUUCUUCUCCGGCUCCAUCCAUUACCCACGUAGCACUCCUGAGAUGUGGCCGCAUCUCAUCCAGAAGGCGAAGCUCGGUGGGCUAAAUGUGAUCCAAACUUAUGUGUUCUGGAACAUCCAUGAACCUGUGCAAGGCCAAUAUAAUUUCACGGGGAGGUAUGACUUGGUGAGAUUCAUAAAGCUGAUCCACAAGCACAAAAUGUAUGUGACCCUUAGACUUGGUCCCUUCAUUCAAGCAGAAUGGAAUUAUGGAGGCUUCCCAUACUGGAUGAAAGAGGUCCCUGGUGUUGUCUUUCGAACAGACAAUGAACCCUUCAAGUACCAUAUGCAAAAUUUUGUAACAAAAAUAAUGGAAAUGAUGAAGAGUGAGAAGCUAUUUUUCCCUCAAGGAGGCCCCAUUAUCCUAGGACAGAUCGAGAAUGAAUACAACAUGGUGGAAGCAGCAUACAGAGAAGGUGGGCUCACAUAUGUUCAGUGGGCAGCCAAUUUGGCUCUUGGGUUCAAUGCUGGAAUACCAUGGGUGAUGUGCAAGCAAAAGGAUGCUCCCGGUCCAGUGAUCAAUGCAUGCAAUGGAAGGAACUGUGGAGAUACUUUCACAGGCCCCAACAGUCCAACCAAGCCUAGCGUCUGGACUGAGAACUGGACUGCUCAGUACAGAGUAUUUGGUGAUCCACCAUCUCAAAGAUCGGCUGAGGACAUCGCAUACUCUGUUGCACGCUUCUUCUCAAAGAAUGGCACACUUGUAAACUACUACAUGUACCAUGGAGGAACCAAUUUUGGAAGAGAAGGUGCAUCGUAUGUGAUGACUCGGUACUACGACGAAGCUCCUCUCGAUGAAUAUGGUCUGCUUAAGGAGCCUAAGUAUGGACACCUGAGGGACCUACAUCAAGCAUUGAAAUUGAGCAGGAAAGGUUUGCUUUGGGGGGUUCCCUCAGUCCAACCCUUGGGUGAAUGGUAUGAGGCGAGGUUGUACGAGUCCCCUGAGAGCAAUGUCUGUGUUGCUUUCUUAACCAACACCAACCCAAGAGUAGAUGGGACAGUGAACUUUAGAGGCACAGACUACUUCCUGCCUCACCGUUCGAUCAGUAUCCUUCCAGAUUGUAAGACCGUAGUCUUCAACACUCAGAUGGUGAAUGCUCAACAUAAUGCAAGGACAUUCCGUACGGAGGACGUAACCCGCAAGAAUGACAAAUGGCAAAUGUUCCAAGAACGCAUACCAAAAUUCCUUAAGAAGGGUAUCGUUGCAUCAAGGCCCUUGGAUCUUUAUAACAUGACCAAAGACAUCACAGAUUAUAUGUGGUAUACUACCAGGUUUAGAUUGGAGGAUGUGGAUUUGCCCAUGCGUCCUGACAUCCGCCCUGUUCUCUUAGUGUCAAGCCUUGGCCAUGCAAUGCAUGCCUUUGUCAAUGGCAUUUACAUAGGAUCUGGCCACGGUGCGAAACUCGAGAAGAGUUUUGUCUUCCAGAAGCCCAUGGAUCUGAAACAAGGAGUAAACCACAUUUCCAUCUUGGGCAUGACAGUUGGAUUUCCGGAUAAUGGAGCAUACUUGGAACACAGACUUGCAGGAGUUCAUACUGCUGCCAUCCAAGGUCUCAACACCGGGACUUUGGAUCUAUCGCCCAAUAAGUGGGGGCAUGAGGUUGGAAUGAAAGGGGAGAAGUUAGGCAUCUACACUGAGGAGGGAUCCAAGAAGGUUAAGUGGACGGAGGCUAAGAGUGGCCAGCCAGUGACAUGGUACAAGAGAUACUUUGAUAUGCCAAGUGGGAAUGAUCCGGUUGCUCUAGAUAUGACUGGAAUGGGGAAAGGCCUUGCAUGGGUCAAUGGAAACUGCAUCGGUCGUUACUGGGUAUCCUACCUCAGUCCCCUUGGAAAGCCUUCUCAGUCAGUGUACCACGUCCCACGCGGAUGGUUGAAGCCAAAAGACAACCUCUUGGUCAUCUUUGAGGAGAGUGGAGGGAAUCCAGAGGGCUUGCUGGUUGUGACUGUGAAGAGGGACAACAUCUGCACUGUUGUCACCGACUUGCAUCCCCCUACUAUUGAGUCAUUUUCGAGGGAGGACAGUGAGAUCAAGAACCUAGUCCAAGAUGGUAAGCCAAGUGCUCACUUGACGUGUGAUAAGAAGAAGGUCAUCCGCUCCAUUGCCUUUGCUAGCUUUGGGAACCCCACAGGCGCGUGUGGCAACUUCACAGUGGGAACCUGCCACUCUCCACAGACCGCAAGCAUUGUUGAGAAGGCCUGCUUGGGGAAGAAUUCCUGUGUGUUACCAGUCUCAGCCCAAGAAUAUGGUGCAGACCCAGCUUGUCCUGGAACAACGAACACUCUUGCAGUUCAAGCUAAAUGUGCUCGGCAGAAGAAAGAAGACAAGGAUUGAUUCGCUAUUUCUUAUAAUACUUUAGUUCAGGAAUGUUGUAAUGAGACGUAACAUUGAAAGAGGCUGAAUGUGAUGGUGCAAAAUCUCGUCUGGAACGUUAUACUACAAUAAUAGGUGAAUGUAUCUGCUCAUUGGUGACAAUUUUCCCUUCUUUUCGUUUCAAGAGUCUCCUAAUAUAUUUUUUUAACGUUUGAAAUGGAUUGGAUUGGAAAGCGCUAGCAAUCCAUA